AUGGAAAAAGGGUUUCUUAAUAAGGUGGAAGAUAAUGCGACUGUCCAAACUUGGUCUGAGACAACACAACAAGAGAAAGAUGAUAGUUUGGCCGAGGGAUAUGUGUCAGAUUUCUAUGGAGACCUACCUUACUUGCUCGACGUAAAGGUGGAUAAGCACCUGUUCCGUGCCUUAGCCCAAUUUUGGAACCCUGCUUAUAGCUGUUUCACCUUUGGAAGUGUUGAUUUAGUGCCUACAGUGGAGGAAUACACGGCAUUGCUUCGUUGUUCAAAAAUUCAAGUGGACAAAGCCUAUUCAAGAGCUGCUAAUGUUCCAACCUUUUUGAAGAAAUUGAUGAAUAUUACGGGGAUGAGUGAGCAAUGGGUCGCAGCACGAAUCAAACAAAAGGGAGAUAGUAAGUGUAUUCCUUGGAGGAACCUGAAAGAUUUAAUUCUAGCACACCCGGAUACGAGGAAGAGGGUUGAUGUCUUCACCUUGGGUAUUUACGAUUUAGUUGUCUUUCCUAAAGCUUUGGGACAUAUUGAUGAAGCAGUCACUGACCUUUUUGACCGUCUUGACAAGGGGUUACACGGUUCCGAUAAUUCGCGAAACCUUCAGAUCUCGAAUGAAUGUCAAGAUCACUUUUGGAAGGUGGAUAAGGUUUCUUAUCGGGUUUUUUCUGAAAAUUAUUCGCCCUUGAAAGAAAUAGUGGCAUUACCGAGGAAGGAUAAUAUCUCAGAGGAAAAAUGGAUGGCAACUCUUCAGAAUCUUCAAGAGGGGAAUAUUGAAUGGAGAGCUCCUUGGAUGCUGUCAGAUGAGAUCUUAUAUAGGUGUGGAGAUUUUGACUGGGUCCCUUUACUUGGGAUUUGGGGGGCUAUUGGCUAUGCGCCGUUAUUGGUACUGAGACAGUAUAGGUCAAGGCAGUUCGUACCAACAACCCAUGGAUUAGCUCAGUGUGAAUUCUUGUAUAAGUGUGAUGGUUACAAGAAGAAGAUACGAGAAAUUACUAAUGCUUGGAGGCAGACUCACCGAUUGAAAAGGUUGGCAGUAGGUCCAUCAACGACGCCUGAAUAUAUCGAGUGGCUAAAUAGAAGGAUCAAUGAUAACAUACCUGUACCAGGUUAA